GUAGAGCAGCACUGGGAGGUGAACUUUGUUACUAUGAAACUUAGAAAAAUUAGAAAAAUAGUGUACAUAUUAUCAAUAACCCUCUUCAGUCAACAAGCUGCCCCUAGGGUUUGAGGUUUUUAAUCUAGUUUGCCAGGAAAGGGCUGCGGCACUCACAAUUCUGACACUUUUUUCGAAAAGAAUGUGUGAGACAGUUAGCCAGCCUGCUAGGCUAGCUAGCUAGCUGAGGGGUGACACAGGCGGCAGGAGAACAAAAGAUUUUUUUGACUGGUUGUACUGACACCAAGUCCAUGCAGAACGUCUUAUUACCACCAUUAUGCCCGUUUUACUUUUUCUGAUAGACACGUCCGCUUCCAUGAACCAGCGCACCCAUCUGGGCACUACCUAUCUGGAUAUAGCAAAAGGCGCUGUUGAGACUUUUAUGAAGCUCCGAGGGAGAGAUCCGGCGAGUCGUGGGGACCGGUAUAUGUUGGUAAAUUAUGAAGACGUUCCGUUCGGGAUCAAGGCUGGAUGGAAAGAGAGCCACGCCACUUUCAUGACAGAGCUAAGGAACCUGCAGGCCACUGGACUCACGACCAUUGGCCAGUCCCUCAGGACCGCUUUUGAUUUACUCAAUCUCAAUAGAUUAGUCACUGGGAUAGACAACUAUGGACAGGGAAGAAACCCUUUUUUCCUGGAACCUGCCAUCAUCAUCGCCAUCACAGAUGGCAACAAGCUGACCAGCAGCAGCGGGGUCCAAGAUGAGCUUCAUCUGCCUCUCACCACACCUCUACCAGGGAGUGAGCUGACCAAAGAACCCUUCCGGUGGGAUCAGCGUCUGUUCUCACUUGUUCUGCGUAUCCCUGGUAACGCUUUAGUGGAGCCUGAACCCCUUGGUGGGGUCCCCACUGAUGAUUCUCCCAUCACCCCAAUGUGUGAAGUAACUGGAGGACGCUCAUACAGCGUGUUCUCUCAGCGUAUGUUGAACCAGUGUCUGGAGUCUUUGGUGCAGAAGAUUCAGAGUGGAGUGGUGAUCAACUUUGAGAAGACAGGACCUGACCCCCCACCUUUAGAGGACGCUCUUCCUGAGACGGGGAAGUCAGGCCCGCAGCCUUGGCAUUGUUGUCAUAAGCUGAUUUACGUUCGACCCAACCCUAAAACCGGUGUUCCCAUCGGCCACUGGCCCAUCCCAGAGGCCUUCUGGCCAGACCAGAACUCCCCCACACUGCCCCCUCGCUCUGCUCACCCUCACAUACGCUUCUCCUGUCUGGAUGCCGAGCCCAUGGUGAUCGACAAGGUGCCCUUUGAUAAAUAUGAGCUGGAGCCGUCACCUCUCACGCAGUACAUUCUGGAGAGGAAGUCUCCCCACACCUGCUGGCAGGUGUUUGUGUGCAACAGUGCCAAGUACAGUGACCUGGGCCAACCCUUUGGGUACCUGAAGGCCAGCACUGCUCUCAACUGCGUCAACCUGUUUGUGAUGCCCUACAACUACCCUGUGCUGCUUCCUCUCCUGGACGACUUGAUUAAAGUGCACAAGUUCAAGCCCACACUCAAAUGGCGACAGUCAUUUGAGAACUACCUUAAGACUAUGCCUCCUUACUACAUCGGGUCUUUAAGGAAGGCACUGAGAAUUAUGGGAGCUCCAAACCUGCUGGCAGAGAACAUGGAGUACGGACUGAGCUACAGCGUGGUCUCUUACCUGAAGAAGCUCAGCCAGCAGACCAAAAUAGAAUAUGACCGCUUGAUCGGCUCAGUGGGUAAAAAACCACCACCGGAAUCUGGCACAAGGGUCCGCUGGCGGGGAGGCGGCAUUUCCCUUGCUCGACGUCGGGACUUCAUCCAGCAGCUGCAGAAUCUCACUGGAGAACUCCCCAAUAUGCCCUUAGAGCUCAAUCCCAAAGAGUUCCAGGGCUUUCACUUGGCCCACCUCAACAAGAGUCUAAAGCCGCAGAGUUUUAGAAAUCCCUACGACAUUCCUCGCAGCCACCUGUUGGAUCAGCUCUCCCGGAUGAGGCGUAACCUGCUGAACACUAGCGUCUGUGCCCUGAGGGGACAUGAUGCUGACCAGCUCCACAGCGUGCCAAUAGCUCAGAUGGGAAACUACCAGGACUUCCUGAAAGCAGCCCCUCAGCCUCUUCGAGACGCAGACCCUGAGCAGCCCAAACGAGUCCACACAUUUGGAAACCCUUUCAAGUUAGACAAGAAGGGCAUGAUGAUCGACGAGGCAGAUGAGUUUGUGACAGGCCCUCAGAACAAAGGGAAGCGACCCGGAGACAACAACGUGAUAGGUGGUGGACCCAAAAGACGCCGGUGCAUGUCACCUCUGCUUCGUCUGGGCCGGGCCUACACACCCCCUGUGACCCCGCCCGUUAGCCCUCGAUCCUCAUCAGACUCAUUAGGUGGACCAGAACCAGACCUUAUUAUCAACCAUCUCCACCAGAACCAUUACAGUCCGGGCAGAAGUUCAGAAUCAGAUCGUGACACAUCAGAACCGGCUGCUCUUCAGAACCACACCGGCCCAAUAAGUAUACCAGAGCACCAGCACAGAGGUGAAGAGGAGAAUGGUCGGGUACGAGAAGGAUUGUCGCCUGGUAGAGACAUGGUCGUGGAUCCGGUACUGAAUGACGACCAGCCACCUAGAUACCUUUCACCCACGGCCUUAAAGAAGCACAUCCUCACUGAGACCACUAAGGUCAACAACGAUCUGAGAGCACUUAUCAUCAAGGAGAUCAGGAAGCCUGGCCGACACUAUGAGAAGAUCUUCCACCUCCUAAAACAACUGCAGGGAACUCUUGACACCAGACUCAUCUUCCUCCAGAACAUCAUCAAAGAAGCUGCACGGUUUAAGAAGCGUGUUCUGAUCGAGCAGUUGGAGAAUUUCCUGGAGGAGAUUCACAAUAGAUCCAUGAACCACGUGGACUCACUCUGAUUGGACUCUCUUCAGGAGACCUGCUUCAUGUUUUCUCAAAAUUUAACUUAUUAAUUCAGACCCUGACCCAGAAAGAGACGAGCACUUUGAGGAGGGAGGGGGGCUGGAAUGUGUCCAAGCACUUUGGUUCAAUGAGGAAGUUCAUUGGCCUGUGAAAAAGUGACGAAUUGUCGGACAAGGUGUGCACUGACAGUUCUGCUAGUCUUCAAGUUCCUUUGAGUUUGUCACAUUUAAAAUGUGCAAUUAAAAUCCGACUGCUUUUCAAAUUUUUUUUUGUUUUUAUAAAAUGACAUCUUCUAAAUAGCUUUUUCUUUUUUUUCAACACGGAUUAGUGAUGCAGUCUGGGAAUACACAGUAAACUCAUGAAGCUUCAUUUGCCAAUUCUGAGCUAACAGCUAACGAAUAAACAAUGUUGUUGGCAGGAUAGAACAAAUGCUGAAUCUCGAAAUCUUAAAAGAAACUCUAUAGUUUCUACACUCCAUACAUCGGCACUCCACUGCAGCUCUAAUCUGAUGGUCUCUACAUCAAGCUCACACUAAUUGACACCGUCCUCAAUCUGGAAAGUGUAGUCACAGACGACUGGACGUCCUCCAGUGUCAGUCAAAGCUCAGGUUCUGACUCAAGUGCAUCACCAUCAGCAAUAACUGUGUGGAUCUUUUCUUUUAGCUGAUAUGCAACACAAAUGGAUGGUGAUGACCAGAGUCACUGUUACUACCGCUGCUACUCUCUGCCCACCUUAAACCAUCUUGUUUCCCCACCUUCGCACGGUGGAUUCCUUUCCCCUCCCUCCCUGGACAGGGACCAACAUCUGCCAUACUUGUGUUCAUUUGUGACGAAGCGGCUACCAAAAGAGUAUUUUCAACACACUGUAAAGUUGUAAAUAAGCCUAGAGAACUAUCUAAAGAGAAUGUUCGGUGUACAUGAAUGGCCUUUUUGUAAGUAUUUCCAUGAAUAAAGUUUCUAUUUUACACUGUGAAGGGCCAGGAAUAAAAGUGUUCACUAAA